AAUCUGGAAGGUGGCAAACAUGCCGCGCUGGCGGCUGGUGAAUGACCCAGGGUUAUAUCGGUUAUAUGACGUUACCGUUGCCUGCACAUCGCCAGUGCACCACUAAUUGAGCCUCGUUACGAUUGCUACGUUCAAAUACAAAGCAGUCGGUCGUCCAUGCGCUAGAAAUAUUAUAGGAGGCUGAUUGUUACCACCAAGCUUUUGUUUGCCUCUGGCCUCUCUUCAUCAGUUAUUUAAAUUGCAGUUGUGCACGCUUUCCUCACGACUACGGUCAGCCACAAUCAUCAAAAUGUCCAACCAAAUUAACAGUGGGAAUGAUGUUGAAAAGAGAGAGCCAGACGAGAACGUUAAUACGCGGCAGCCUUGGAAACCAUCUAGGCACCAAAUGGUCAUCAUUGUAACCUUAUCGAUUAUGUCUUUUGUCAUCGCUUUAGACGCCACCGUCAUCGUCACCUCCCUCUCGUCCGUCAUCCAAGACAUUCGCGGAACAUCUACGCAGGCCUUCUGGGUAGGCACUGCGUACUUGAUCUCAUGCGCUACUGUCAUGCCGUUCCUGGUAUCGCUUAGUGACAUCUUCGGCCGGCCUGUCAUUUUGAUCGGCAGCCUGGUGGUUUUUACCAUUGGUACAAUUUUGUGCUGCGUUGCUGAUAGCAUCGCACUUUUGCUCGGCGGCCGUGUGGUCCAGGGCAUCGGCGCUGGCGGGAUGUAUGUGCUCAGCCUGGUGGUCUUCACCGACAUUGUGCCCCUUCUCCACAGGCCCAAGUUUUAUGGCAUUAUACAGCUAGCGUGGGCGGUCGGUUCGCUUGUUGGUCCCGUCAUUGGGGGCGCCAUCGCCGAGCACACCACGUGGCGGUGGAUCUUCUACAUCAACUUCCCCAUCUGUGCAUACUCCCUCAUCGCCGUGCCCGUUCUUCUAACUCUGAAGCCUCCCACGCGCACGUUUGCUGAAAAGCUUCAGCUUGUCGACUGGCUUGGCGGUUUUCUUUUCAUCGGCUCUAUGGUGACGUUCCUGGUCGGUCUCUCCUGGGGUGGCAAUGACUUUCCUUGGCGCAGCGCACAGACGCUGGUGCCGGUUUUCAUUGGCGCCGCCGGGUUGAUGACCACGCUGUUCUACGAGCAUCGUUUCGCCGAAGUCCCGUUCGUGAAGAGGACACUCUUCACAGACAUUAGCUCCAUCACUGUUUACGUUCUUGGUCUCCUUCAAGGAUUUAUUCUCUAUGGCCAACUCUAUUACGUCCCGUUCUAUUUCCUCUCAGUCCAACAGAAGACGCCGACGAUGGCGGGCGUGGCAAUGCUUCCUGUUACGCUCUUGCUGGUUCCCGGCUCCAUCAUCUCAGGCGUCCUCGUAUCCCGCUUGAACGCUUACCGCUGGUCUAUCUGGAUGGGCUGGAUUCUGGUAGCGGCUGCUUCAGGCCUUUUCGUCAGUUGGAGUGUUGAUACCCACUUGGCCGUCAACGUCGUCACUCUCGCUAUCGCUGGCAUCGGACACGGCCUCGUCCUCAACGCGCAGACCUUUGUGACGGGCGCCAUCGUCGAUAAACGUGAUUCAGGUGCCGCGGCCGCCAUGUAUCUAUUCUUACGCAUGUUGGGGUCCGCUGUCGGUGUCAACAUCGGCUCAACAACAUUUCAAAACGUCAUGGCUGCAGAGCUCGAGAGGAAAGGCAUUGCAAGAAGCAUCGCGCAGCACGCCGAGGAGUAUCUCGUGGUUCUCCGGACGCUGCCUGAUGAUCCGUUCAAGAGAAGCGUGCUGCAAUCGUAUGCCUCGGGUCUCAAGGGCGUACACUGCGUUUACACUGCGUUGGCGGCGAUUGCAUUUGCUGCAAGCUUCUUGAUCCGCCACUAUGACCUCAACAAGGAACAUGUGUCAGCUCACAAACUACAGGAAAUUAGUUUCAUGAGAAAACAGAAAACAAAAACACCAGGUUUCGGCAGAUGCUCCGGCAUUGCUGAAGCUCACGCUUUUGAACGCGAGGAGACUCAGGAGAGCGUAUUCGAUAACCAUGUCUAUGUGGUAAAUUGCUGGGGGGCAUACAGCUUCGCCCGUUAGUAACGUACUGGGAAAAAAGAAUAAUACGAUUUUAGUCUGCA